UCUAGCCGGGAACUUCCUGCGAAAGGCUCUCGUAGGAAAUCCGCGUGCGUAUGCACCUACAAAUGUUCUUAAUUAAACCACGUAAUUUCCCGUCAAUCUCUCUCUCUCUCUCUCUCUCUCCGUUUGAAAGGCUGCAGGGUAAAGAUGGUGAAGCUGACAAUGAUAGCUCGGGUUACUGAUGGCCUUCCAUUAGCUGAAGGACUGGAUGAUGGUCGUGAUCAGAAAGAUGCUGAAUUCUACAAACAACAGGCUAAAUCUUUGUUCAAGAAUCUUUCGAAGGGCCACAUUGAGUCAUCAAGAAUGUCGAUCGAAACCGGUCCUUACGUCUUCCACUAUAUUAUUGAAGGCCGUGUAUGUUAUUUAACCAUGUGUGAUCGUUCUUAUCCGAAGAAACUUGCUUUUCAAUACCUAGAAGACCUCAAAAACGAAUUUGAGAAAGUCAACGGAAGUCAAAUAGAAACUGCUGCCAGGCCCUAUGCUUUUAUUAAAUUUGAUACAUUCAUACAGAAGACCAAGAAAUUAUACUUGGACACUCGUACUCAGCGGAACCUUGCAAAGUUAAAUGAUGAACUUUAUGAAGUCCACCAAAUCAUGACUCGCAAUAUACAAGAAGUUCUUGGUGUCGGUGAAAAAUUGGAUCAGGUCAGCCAACUGUCAAGCCGAUUGACAUCUGAAUCUCGCAUCUAUGCCGAUAAGGCAAAAGAUCUAAAUCGACAGGCAUUCAUUCGGAAGUGGGCACCUGUUGCCAUUGUGCUUGGUGUUGUCUUCCUUCUUUUCUGGGUUAGAAAGAAGAUAUGGUGAUUGCUACUCGUCACAGUUUCAUACUCCCCCAUGAUCUGGGCCGGUAUCUAUUAUUCUCAAAAGGGUCGACAGCAUUUUUGGGUCUUGCUGUCUGUACAAUGCGAAAUGGGCCACUUCCAUGUCGAUCGAUUCAUCAAUUGCUUCAUUGAUGUUGCAGACAAUGUUGACUUUCUGGAUGGCAAAAGUCUGAUAAGAAGCCGAUUCCAUGGAUAUAUAUAUAGGAUAUGAGAUGAUGAUACAUUUUGCUGUAAGUGAACCUCAUAACUCUGGAGAUUUGGGCUAAUUCGUUCUAAAUUGAUGAUGCCUAGUGUGGUUUUUAUUUUCUCUGUGUAUUAUUAAAGAUUCUGCAGA